UUGCCCUCUUAAAUUCUAUCACUAAAUAAUCAUAAAUUAAUGCGUAGUUUUAUUAACUGAUAAUUAAAUUCUCAUACAAAUCGAAUAAUAUUCUUGUAACAUAUGUAACAUAUGUAACAUAUACAAGAAUACAAUACAAAAAAACAAACAAAAACAAAAAAUAAAGCACAAAAUUAUUGAAUCAAAAAAGAAUUGAAAAAGAGGGAAUUUAAAAGGAUAUAUUAAAUUGUGAAAGUAAAAAGUAUUUGAAAUUACGAUAAAAUUAUAAGUAUUGCAAGAUUCAACAUCUACUUGUUGUUGCAACUUGUUCGAAGAGCACGUGGUAGCGAGAGUCACACUUCCAUUGAGAAAGGAGGUUAUGUAGCGUGGAGAAGAAGAGAGGAAGGUUAUGCUCGUGACGUCCGUUACAUUAUCAAUUCCGUUAUGACGCCGUAUUCGUAAUAGCGGAGACGACCCUACGACCAUCUUCAGGGAUUCCCCAGUACAUUCUCUUCUCUGCUUUUCUUCUCUCUCGUCUCUCGUCUCUCUUUCUCUCUCUUUCCCUCUCCCUCCCUCCCUCCCUCCAUCUCUCUCUCUCUCUCUCUCUCUCUCUCUCUCUUUCACGUCGCUUUCCCCUUCCUUGGUUUUUCUGCUCUUCUUCUCUAACGACCAGUCUCUUCGUACAGGCAUGGUUGUAUAACGCAUACCUUUCAACCGUCUGCUAGUACAAUCUUACACGGACCAAGCCCCCAACCAUCCCCUUCACGUCCUUCCUGUUCUCGUGAAACGUUUCCACGGUCGAUCUUUUUGCGGAUUUACACCUGUUGGACUUCUCUUGUCCUCCUUCUCUCCCCUUCCUUCUUUUUCUUAUUUCUUCCUACGAAAGAACUUGAGUUUACAUCCUUCUAUCAUCAUUUAAAAAUCUUUUGGUAACGCCUCGUUUACUUCUUUCCAGUUUUCAUUUGUUUGUUCUAUUUCAUUUUUCACUUAUUUACAUUUAAAAAAAGACAUGUUCCAAUUAACUUCAAAUGAAUUUCUUUAAAUUUGUUCUGUAUUGUCUCUAAAUUUUGAAUAAAUUAAACAUUUGUCCAGCUUAGCUUCGACUUGGAUAGGAAUCAAUCGAAAACGAAUACGAAUGUUUCUCGCUACAUCAUAUCGAGUUUUCGAGUGGCGACUUUUCUGGAAACAUUCGACAAGAAUCGAGACGUAGUCGUUGUCCGUCGCACAAAAAGUAUAAAAAAGAUAGUGUAGGUACAAUCUUUUUUCUCUUGUCUCGCGUGUCAAUUAGUCUGGGAUAAUUGGUCGGGCGAUGCCCUUGAACCCUAAGUAUUGAUUGGUGAGGUUGGAUUCUGCCGGUGGCUUUCCCUCUUGCCUCCGAACCGAUGGCACCACCCCUAUGCAUCCACCGCCGAACCAACCAACUACCCACCCACUCUACCCUGCACCAGCACACGUACAACCCUACCCAUCGCCCAGCGUCCGUGGUUCUCCAAAUUGCCGUCGCCGUCGCCAUCGCCCUCGCUCUCGCCCUCCCUCGCCUUCGCCCUUACCGCGACUAUCGUCGUCGUUGCUUUUAUCGUUUGUUAAAGCUUCGCACCUUUCCAAACGCUUCUUUCUUUCUUUAUUCGUUUAAUUGAAUGCGGACAAAUGCACAUUUACAUUUACUCGUGAUGCAAUGAUCACUUCUUCGAACAUGGGAUAUCGUCAGUUCAUAUUUAUCGUUAUGGAAAAAAAUGAAAAAUUAUUCAUAAAUUGUCAAUUGCAUUAAAAUACAAUUUGCUUUAUUAAAAUCAUUUUAGCGAUGAUAACCACAAUAUAUAUAUAUAUAUAUAUAUAUAUACUUAUUCGUCCAAUAUGAAAAUUCGAUCGUUCUAGAACCGAUAUAAUAUAAAUUUUCACUACUCGUCCAGUAUGAAGAUUCGUGAACAUUUUGACCAGGUUAUAAACCUAUCUUCGUUCUCUGAAUUAAUGGACAGAACAAAGUGUGAAAGGAUGAAAAAGAGAAAGAGAACAAGACUCUCGGAACGAAACAUGAGAUAUAUGUAUAUACGUGGAAACGGUUGGAAGUCAUAUCGGUGCCUGUGCCGUCGCGAAUGCUGAGAAGAGGAUCGGAAGUUGGGGUGGUCGAUACGGCCCUGGGGCCGCGACAGCCGCGUCGGAGGCCUCCCCAUUCUUCCUGCGGGCGUUUUUACUUCUCUCUCUCUCUCUCUCUCUCUCUCUCUCUCUCUCUCUCUCUCUCUCUCUCUCUCUCUCUCUCUCUCUCUCUCAGUUGCUCACUCAAUCGCUAGUUUGUUCGCAUUUUCUCUUUCUCUUUCUCUUUCCUUCUCGAUCUCCACUCUGUCUCUCACUUUCUCGUACAUAUUCCUCUCCUUCCCUUCCCAGCACUGUGAACCUAGUCAUACCUAGCACCACCCAGUUUUCCACCCACGCUCCACGUUUCCAGCCGCCACCAACACCCCCCGGCACAGCCUACCUAACCCCUCCCCCCCUCCACCUGAACCGCCGCCGCUUCCAUCGUCUAACUCUUCCUCUGCUUUCUCACCCCCUCCCAGCCACGUCGUUACCGCCGCCACCGCCACCGCCACCGCCGCCGCUACCAUCGCCGCUCUCAUACCGCCUGCCUCUUCGCCGACCCCGCCUAAUCGCACCACCCCUGCCUUGAUUAAAGAACAGAGAACCUCAACUUCAACGCGAACUCGGUCUUGUCCGUUCGCUCUUUUCCUUUCGUUCCUCUUCUAUUUCAUUUAUCUUCCUUCUAAGAAACCCUUCUUCUCGUUAACUUUGUUUUCCCACUUUGUAUACAUUCUAACCGUUUAGUGUAAACGUUCCAUGUACCAUGUAUCACUAUUGUUCAUUUCUCGUCAUUUAGAUUUGUUUUCCUUUUUUUUUUUUUACGAAGGAAUAUAGAACCAUUUAUUUGUUUCUUAAUUUCUCAAUAAUUUAUUUAUUAUAAUUUGAUUGUUCCAUUCGUUCGUUCCGUACAGGUGUUUCUUUAUCUCCUCUAUACCUUUUCUUCUUCCCCUUCCCCCUUUCCUUCCUUGUUUAGUUUCCCUUAUGUACCGGUUCAAGGUUAAGAUCAAGAGGAGACAGGUGGGGUGAAUGUCGUAGCUGCGAGGAGAACUGCACGAUACGGGUCGACGCACCAUGCUGGUGAAUCGUCGUACGCCGAAACUGGAUCGCGAACACUGAUUUUAGACUGUACCACCGCAGAGGGCAAUCGCAGGAUGAAACCGUAUCCGUUGAAACGGAAAGCCUCACUGUUGAAAACAGCCGAUCAACUAAAGAUCAAAGGAUUGUGCGAGGUGCCUGAAAGCAGAGACGGCCCGCCCUCGGUAAGUUUGAGUUCACCGCCGAGAGAGCCUGGUACACCUAGGAUAAAUUUCACCAAGCUGAAGAGGCAUCAUCCGAGAUACAAGAGGCCCAGAACGACGUUCGAACCUCGUGCCACGGAUUCCAGGCAUUACGAUCGAUACAAAGAGGAGGAAUCGAACGAAAAUUACAAUUGGGAGCAUAAAGAGACCCACAUAGACUGGCAACCCGAAGAUGAAGAGUGCACGGAGGCAACAGCGGGAGCAGUAGUCUUGGAAACUUGCCAACGCAACAGUAACAAUAGUACCAUUACCACCGGCAACACCAGCACCACUAGCAAUAAUAACAAUAAUAACAACAAUAAUAAUAAUAACAACAACAACGGCGCUAACGACAACGGCAACGGUAACAGUGCGAGCAAUAACAACAACGGUGACAUGUUUUGUCAUACAGGCCUCGGACAUUAUGGCCAUCAUCCGGAUCCCGGAGAGGUUGAUCUACCACCUGAAACACAACCAACACCACCAAGUGCCACGUUGGUCGGCACUACGAUUACCCAUUUAAGAGACCCAGAUCAUCAUUCCACAGACAUUCAAAAUUGUGACAGUGUAAAAAUCAAAUUUGAAACGUUACAUACGAUGGAUUCGUCGGACACGAUCGAUAUUGACAGCCACAUGUCGGAUCGGGCGAGCGUUAGUUCAAAGAACGCGGCUGAUAGUGAUAAUAUGAUGAUGAUCACACCGGAGUUACUUGGAUUAAUGCCCUCUGGGAGUUCUGUUCAUUCGGAUUCAGGCGAAAAUAAUUCAAGAGGGCAUUCUGGACAAUCCAGUUCUCAUCACCAUGGCUCAAAGUCGUGGACUCAAGAGGAUAUGGAUGCCGCUCUGGAAGCCUUAAGAAAUCACGAUAUGAGCCUUACGAAAGCUUCUGCAACGUUCGGUAUACCCUCGACGACCUUGUGGCAAAGAGCGCAUCGGCUUGGCAUCGAUACUCCAAAAAAGGAUGGACCUACUAAAUCAUGGAGCGAUGAAAGUUUAAACAAUGCGCUUGAUGCAUUACGAACGGGCACAAUAUCGGCGAACAAAGCUUCCAAAGCGUUCGGCAUACCAUCGAGCACCUUGUACAAAAUCGCGAGAAGAGAAGGCAUCAGAUUGGCUGCACCUUUCAACGCCAGUCCCACUACCUGGUCACCCGCUGAUCUCGAUCGCGCUCUUGAAGCGAUACGUUCCGGUCAAACGUCUGUGCAAAGAGCCUCCACGGAAUUUGGAAUACCGACAGGAACGUUAUAUGGUAGAUGCAAAAGAGAAGGAAUAGAACUUAGUAGGAGCAAUCCUACUCCAUGGAGCGAAGAUGCUAUGACCGAAGCUCUCGAAGCUGUCAGGUUAGGCCACAUGAGCAUUAAUCAAGCAGCAAUUCAUUAUAACCUACCGUACUCUUCUUUAUACGGUCGUUUUAAAAGAGGAAAAUAUGAAGAACCAACAGUUGGUGAGAUAUCUCAAGACGGUAGCAGUCCUCAUUUCCAUCAAAGUCCAAGCCAAAAUCAUUCGUCUGCCGUACCGGAUCAAAUGCCGUAUCAAGGCAGCUGAAAUUUGCCUCUUUAUUAGAAUGAUUUAAGUUAAUUUUAAAUCCUCGAAUUCCUUACUGCAAUUUUGCAAUCGAUAUUCGUUCUUUGAACGAAACAAUAUGAACGACUAUAAAUGUCAUCGACCAAAAGUGUGUUAUAUCACAAAAACGAUUGACGAACAAAUUCUUCUCAAUAAUUUAAUGCCGAAAGCAGAUUUAUGGGAUUGUAAAAUAAUACGAUGAUAAUUGAAAGAUCGGAACAAAAUUGAAUUGAGUUCCAGAAACAUGAUGAUGUCACGAAGAGUGACCAGAUGAUGGAGGAAAAAUAUAUUGAGGGAUGUGCAGUAUUACAGAUGGAUCAUCAUAAGCAAAUAUUAUGUACAUUGUAUAACUGUUACGUCGAAUCUAGAAUUUAAUUAUAAUUUAUAAGAAUUAUUUAUAAAAAAAAGUUGUACAGUAUCGGGAUAAUACCGAUAAACCUACCAUAGCAUGUAAGUUGCCGAUACAAUGGGCCAAUACGAGAGAAUGUUAAAUAUUCUACAGUCGAUUAGUAACUUCGAUAGUAACUUCGAUCAAUCGUUUCAAUCGAUUUUUAUGCAAUUACUGUAAUUUUUAUGUCUCUUUAGUCGACCAUGUUCAUUUAAAAAAAUUACUCAAUUUCGAUAUCUGUCACGCAAUUAAUCGCUGUUACAUACAAUAUCCGUUUUAAUAAAACAGAAAAUUGAGGAAAGAAAAAAUAUCCAUAUAAUAUAUGGAUAAAAAUAAGAAAAAGAUUUUAUUAAAAAUCUUUCUGCUCAUUCAUAUAAACUAAACACAAACAUCUAAUUGAUUUGAAUUUUCAAAUCAUUGUACGAUUAAAUUAUCUCUUCUAGAAUUUAUUUUCAGAAAUAUCGUACAUAUAUUUUCUAUUGUUUUUUUCUCCCUUCAUAUUUUAUGAAAUUUUAUGGAUUUUAAGAACUGAAUAGAAAAUAUUGAAUAUAAAAAGUAUUUUCGGAUUUUCUUAGAUGUGGAAAACAAACGUGAAUUAAGAGGAAGAUACAUCAAGUUUCCGAAAAUUUAAUCUGAAGACAAGAUUUUUGAAGACAAAGAUACUUUUCUUGUUCGACUAAACUGCCACACAAUGUGUUACAUUCAUUAAUAAUUUGUCAUGCUCACAAUUAUUAUAUAAAAACAUAUAAAUAUAUGCUACUUAUAAAAAAAUAUAUGUACAGUUUAUAUAUUUUAAAUUAAAAAGUAAUGCGAUAUCAAA